AUGAUGAUGAUGACUAAGACGGAGGUUGUGACGCCAACAGAAGACUGGACGCUUGCCCGAUGGGAGAGCGUCCACUCCUACGGCCAGCCGAUCCCAAGCUCUGUCCGUCCUCCAUCGUGCAUCAAACGCUCGCUCGCCAGGUGUGGACAAUUGAUUUUCCCACUAUUGGUGCUUUCGUGGAUGGCCACGUGUUGUGGAGCCAUUGGCACGGUUCUGAUUGGCCCAUUCGCCAGCCAAUCAGCUAACGGCCAGACUCUUUGCCUCAAAUUGGACGCAGUAAACGCCUAA